CACUCUACGGCCCAGCAGUGAUCCAGCACGUAGUUACUCUGCCCCCAGGGAGCUGCUGUGGCAGCUCGCUGUGGCGGAAUCCAUGCAUGUCUGGCUAUCGACCAGGCCAAGAGCAGGGUCACGAUCCUUAUAUCGACUAUGCUGCACAUCCAGAAGCCCAUCCCGAAGAGCGCGUUUUCGUUCCUCAUGUACAGGAUAUCCAGCACGGUGCCGCUCAAGGCCUUACUCCCCUCCACGAGCAGCACCAUAUCGGGGCUCAUCAUCAACCGCAGCAGCAGCACCAUCCUCAACAUCAAGUGUUCGAGCAUCCCAUGGCCCACCACCACCAGUCCCCUCAGUUUGGUGGUGGGCAAAUGAUGUAUGGGGCUCCUCGACAGAUGCAACAACCCACCGGAACCAAGAGGUCGCGCCCUGAUGACUUGGAGUUGGGAAUGGAGGACAUGCCCGGCCCGUCAAUGCAACCCGGAGACAUGCAAAGUAUGCCUCCUCAGAUGCCGCCGCAGAUGGGAUAUGGUGGUCAGCCAGUCCAGACAUAUCACAGUCACCCUCUUCCCAACCAAGGCCACCGAUCGAAGAUGCCCAGAAUGAGUGAAGGCGAUUCAAGUAUGAUUGAAGGACCAAGUGGGGGCGCACCGAGUGUAGUUGGGAUGGAAGGAAUGCCCGCGCCGGCAGCAAGGCCUCGCGGUCCAAAGCUGAAAUUUACUCCAGAGGAUGACCAGUUACUUGUCGACCUGAAGGAGAACAAGUCGUUGACAUGGAAGCAAAUUGCGGAAUUUUUUCCGGGACGUUCCUCCGGCACUUUGCAAGUCCGAUACUGUACAAAGUUGAAGGCAAAGACUACUCAAUGGACAGAGGAGACUAUCCAAAAACUUCGGACGGCGCUCCAUGACUACGAGCAGGAGAAGUGGCGCAUUGUGGCACAAAAGGUAGGCACGGGCUUCACGUCUGCUGCUUGCAAGGAAAAAGCCAGAGAGUUAUAGCAUUCAGUGUCUCCAGCAGAAGCUCCCGCUUCUGAUCUUGGGGACACAGAAUAUUAAGCUCAAAGCACGACCACAAGGAAACACUAGCCAUUCCUUAAUGUCUAGAUCUCGCACAGACAUACUCUCUCAAACCCGUUACCCACAUCUUCUAAACUUCAGUCACAACUCAGACAAUACGGACGAGGCCCACUCUCCCACACCCAUCACAGGCGCAAAAUCUAACGAAUUACACACGUCCUUUCCUUCACAGUACACUCAUUUACGCGACUGGGGCGCGGCAGAUUUCAUGUUCACUCAUUCGCGUUUCCUAUUUUCAUGAAAAUAAUGGUCAUGGAAUAAUGACUUUUUUUCUCUCUUCACUGGGCGGAAAGUUAGGGCGGGCGAGAAACGGCACGGUUACCGGAAUGGCAAGGUAAAAAGACGGGCAGGCAUAAGAAGGCGCAAUGGGGGAAGGGGUAGAUCGUUG